CCAUCUUUUCUGCAGAGCUUCUCUCCAUCACCUCCAAAUCCCCAGGUUAUUGCACUUUGGCCAAGCUCCAGCCAUGGGGGACAAGCCGCUCAAGCACAGCAAGAAAUCCAAGCGGUGCUUGCUGUGCGAGGUUCCAUUCUCCAGCACUGCGGAGGGGGACCUGUGUCCCAAUUGCUCUCUGGCCCCACUCAGCCCACUAAGUGCCACGGAACCGGGCUUGGAGUCCAGGUGGCGCGAGCCAAGGGCCCCAUCUCCUGCGGCAAGCCAUGGUUCUGGGGAUGAGCAGAAGGAUCCGGAAGCAGAGGAGGAAAAGGACGAAGUGGUGGGUCUGCACCCAACUGAAUGGGUCUUUCCAGCCGAGCUGCCAGACGCAAUCCAAGGGAUGGAGCCCCAGGCCCCAGCCAGGCUCAAUUCCAGAAAACGGAGGAAAGAAGGAGUGGGACCAAAUGGGGCUACUGAGACAGAUGGCAUCCCCUUGAAAAUGCCAAGGAGCUGCUUAGGGCUCAGGGAGCCAGCUCCAUUUUCAGAUGAGCUUGAGGUGGACUACAACAAGCCAUACAUCCGGGUGACGUUUGAGGAAGCAAUGGAAGGAACACCACUGGACAGACCUGUCAGAGUUUAUGCAGAUGGAAUUUUUGACCUUUUCCACUCUGGACACGCCCGAGCCUUGAUGCAGGCAAAAAACCUCUUCCCAAACACAUACCUCAUUGUGGGAGUCUGCAGCGAUGAAUUGACGCACAAUUUCAAGGGCUUCACAGUGAUGAAUGAAGCUGAACGCUAUGAUGCCGUACAGCACUGCCGCUACGUGGAUGAGGUAGUGAGGAAUGCACCAUGGACACUGUCGCCGGAGUUCUUGGCUGAGCACAGGAUCGACUUUGUUGCCCAUGACGACAUCCCAUAUUCCUCAGCUGGCAGUGAUGACGUGUAUAAACACAUAAAAGAAGCAGGCAUGUUUGCACCGACCCAGAGAACAGAAGGGAUUUCCACAUCUGACAUCAUCACCCGCAUUGUCCGAGACUACGACGUCUACGCUCGGCGGAACCUGCAGAGAGGCUACACGGCAAAAGAGCUUAACGUCAGCUUCAUCAAUGAAAAGAAGUACCAUUUGCAAGAGCGCGUGGACAAAGUGAAGAAGAGGGUGAGGGACGUGGAAGAGAAGUCCAAGGAGUUUGUCCAGAAAGUGGAGGAGAAAAGCAUUGACCUCAUUCAGAAAUGGGAAGAGAAAUCCCGUGAGUUCAUCGGCAACUUCCUGGAGAUGUUCGGCCCAGAAGGAGCUCUGAAGCACAUGCUGAAAGAGGGCAAGGGACGGAUGCUCCAGGCCAUCAGCCCCAAGCACAGCCCUACGCACGACCGCUCGCCUUCCCCUUCCUUCCGAUGGCCCUUCACAGCCAAGACGCCCCCCUCCUCCCCAGCCAGCCUUUCGAGGAACAAGUCGGCGAUCACCUACGACAUCAGCAAGGACGAGGAGGACUAGAGACUUGUGCUUGGAACCAAGGGGAGGUUUUCUUUUUCCCAAAGGCUUGGUCAACUAGCCCCACCUCACAAAAGGAGCCACCACCGAGCUCCAGGAAACCAGCGCCAAGAGAGAGGUUGGCUCUGUCUCUGCUGCCCGCCCAGGAGGC